AUGGAAGCAGAGAUAGAAAGGAUGAAGAUGCACAAGGGAAAGUCUGAGCUGAGGAUGGCCAUGUCCAAGCUUUCAAUGAUCUCCUUUGGAGAUGGUGAUGAUCAGGAGCAGGAGUGGUACAAAAUUAGGUCAUCCACCAUGGAUCUCCUCUGCGUCUCCAAGCAUUUUCUCCAUGUCCUUGAUGUGAUUGGGCCGACGCUACUAGUCCUCAGUCAAGACAUUGAGCAAAAUGUUCAGCGAGUUUCCCUUUGCAGAGAUUACAAGUAUCUCCAUGCAACAGACUCUUUGGAAUACGCGAGCUUGACGGCGAUGGUGAUGAAGGAAGUGGUGGAAGGGACCUCAAAGAAGACCAAUAGUUGCGCCAGGGCAAUUAUCUGGUUGGCCAGGUCGGUGAAUUUCUCGAUACAUUUGCUGGAGGGAUUAGUGAAGAACUCAGAGUCAAGCCUGCAAGAGAUGGUGGAAGAAGCAUACAAGAGCACCCUCAAGCCGUUCCAUGGAUGGAUCUCAUCAGCUGCUUACAAGGUAUGACCACUUUACUUUGAUCAGCUGAC